GGAAGCUGCUCCACUUGCGUGACUUUCAUGAGUAUAAAGAGUCAGAAAAUGUUUUAGUGCCGACAGAGAAUGAACACAGAAUGACUCCACUGGAAGUCAUCUUUGUUGUUGGACUCCUGUUUGAAGUGAGCACUUGUCAAAAAGAGAUUUACAGCCACUUCCAUCAAGAUGUCACCUUACACUGUGACAGUCAGUAUCAACCUCUACAAUGCUCCAGGAUUUCAUGGCUUUAUAACAGAGAUUCAUCAGAGACUUUAGGUGAGGCAAUUAAAGGAACGGUGAAGAAGACGUCACGCCGAGCUAACCGGCUGAGAUUGGGCACCGACUGUUCUUUGGUCAUUAAAAAUUUCUCUGCUGAGGAUGUUGGACUCUACACAUGUCGACUUGAUGAUACUACUACUUUUGAUGUCCGCAUGUAUUUAAGUCUUUUUAAAGUCUCUCCAGAACCAGCAGACUUUGAUCCAAAGAGGGACGAUGAACUGAGCUUGGAGUGCUCUUUGAUGAGAUACAGAGAUCUCCACUCCUGUCCAUCGAGCCCUCUCCACUGGGUAGAUGAGACAGGAGCUACAAUAACUGAAGGUGUUGAAAGGAAUUCUAGAGGUACAGACUGUUUGUCUUAUCUGAAAGUGAAGCGUCAAAGUGGAAACAACAAGAAAUUCACCUGCCAGGUCCUUAACAAGGAGAACAUUGUGGAGAUAGAGGCUGACUACACACCUUUUUUGAAAGAUCCCAUACCAGAUCCCACACAAGAUCCUGGUGUUGGUCCUGGUCCUAGUUCUAAUUCCAGUCCUGAUCUUAAGCUAAUCUUCAUCAUCGUUGGUGUCUUGGUUGGGGUGGUGUUACUUCUCAUCAUCAUGGCUGUUGUUCUCAUCAAACACAAAAAGAGAGACAAAGUUGCAGAUGUUCCAAAACCAACCCAACAACCUGAUGAUCCAGAGAGUAAUCUGACCUACGUCACUGUAAAUCACAGUAAACAACAGGCGUUUUCAAAUAUAAGGGGUGUAAAUGAAGAUGCGGUGACUUAUUCUACAGUCAAGUCUGCAGUUAAGAUGGGGAAAGACGAUGAUCCCAGCAGUCUCUACAGCACCAUCAGCAAAAAUUAAAUACAGAAGAGGAAAUGACACAUCCAACCAUGGGUGAAUGCGUGUGUGCUAGUACUCAAAUGACAUGCUGAGAAUUUAUGUCUAUUUUUAGUUAGACUUGCUUCGCUGCUCUUAAGUCAUGUGACACACUCAAAGAUGUGACACAGGAAUAAGAUUUAUACCAUCAAAGGUAAAAACUGCUAUUAUACAGACAAUGACCCUGUGCAGGGCCAUGAAUUCUCUGUCAGUGGUUAUUGCUCAAAAAGUGAUAGAGAUCAGUUUAAAAUGUUAAAAAACAGCCUUUAGGUGCUGAAUCAUUAUCAAACAUGAACUCUCUUAGUGACCUAGAAAACUGAGAAGUAUCAAGGUGUGCCUGUGGAUAACAACAAAACUAAUGUGACAUGUAUUUGACCCCUUUCCCAGCCCUUGUUUUCCUACUGUAUGUGCAUUAAUGUUUCACUGAGGGGAGAUAUUACAUUACAUACAUGUGACUCCAACCUAAACAUUAGAAAUGAAAGCUGUACCAGCAGGAUUUGUCUGUAUAGAGAAAAUGUUAUUUAAGACUGAGUUAGCAAAUCAUUUUUGUGUUUAUAUAUACUGUGAAAUUUCCAUGCCCUGCUACAGUAGUGAUGAAAGUAGUGAUGAAUCAACCUUGUGCAGGAGUCAUAAGGCCUGAUGUCAGGCACGAUGAUGAUAAAAAUACAGGGGGAAGACGGUUAAUGUGCAGUACUGUAGCUCUAGCAGAGACAGAUUUAUUGUGU